AAAUACUUACCCCCCACCCUGUCCGUCAGCUCCAAGGCCGGGGGCAGGUAAACACUCACCUGGGCGCCCGGAGAGACUCACUGAGCUCUGAGACUCACCUGAGAGACACAGGGAAAGUCACCGUGUGGGUUUGGGGCUGAGAGUCGGCACUCAGGAUCGACUUCUCUCCGUAUUUAUCCCGUCGGGAAUGGACUCUGUCGACUUUGAAAAGUUAGCGGAGAUUGAGCUGCAGAAGGAUGAGGAGGAUCUAGAAUAUCUGGGACCUCCUGUGGUGUCCGGGGGAAGAAAACCCAGCGAUGUCUGUAUUGGGCACCCCUACUAUGAUAUCGCCCGACAUGGGAUCCUCCACGUAGUUGGGGACGAUAACUCCGGGAGGAAAGUGAUCACGUUCAGCUGCUGCCGGCUCCCCCCGUGCCACGAGAUCGAUCACGUCCGACUGCUCCAGUACAUGAAACACACGUUGGAUCAGUACGUCGAGAACGAUUACACCCUCGUCUACUUCCACUACGGCCUCAACAGUCGCAACAAGCCGUCUCUCGGCUGGUUACAGAGCGCCUACAAGGAAUUCGACAGAAAGCUGACAUAUAAACAUUGCCCCCAGGUUUGCCAGCAGCACAUUCACAACAAGAUGACCUCGUCCAACCUGGGCUGUAUAUUCGGGUUGAAUCUGAUCUGGCAGAGGGAGCAGAUCCAGUCUCUCAAUGCGCUGGUUCCGGUCAAUCUGUUCGCGGAGCUGCUCAUCGAGUUCUACCCCCAAAUCUUCAGCCCCAAAUCGGUGCCGGGGGAGGUUUUACCCUGAAGAAGAUUCAAAGGGGAAGAAAAUUCUCGUCUGUGUCACAAUUUUUUAUUUUAUAUUCACUCACAUUUUUUUUAAAUAACGGCAACAAAUGUUUUUAUAUUUUAGAGUCUGUUACAGAAUUUUCUUUCUUUAUUUUAUGGAAAUUGUAACAAUAAAUGUAACGUAUAUUUGUUUAAA